UCUUUUUGGCUUUCAAGAUUUGACAUCUCAAAACUGAAGUAGCAUGAAGAUAUGAACUCAACUUGCAUCACACAAUCAUCUUUCUUCGUCAUGCUGUCUUACAGACUAGUAAUCUAAAUCCAUACUUAGAUCGUUGACGAAAUCUUCAUCUUCUCUAUCUAUUGAAUGUGGAGUCUUAUUUAAAACUGUCCACCCUGCAUAAACCUGAGCAUAUGGAGGUGGGUACUCUCAAAACCAUUAUCGAGACUGUUCAUAAACACAAGAUGGAACUUCUCCUCCUGUCACCAAUCAGUGAAGUUUUCAUUAGGCCUUGUGAAAGGUACAUAAUGUUACUAUUCAAAUUCAGCUAGUUUGGACUUGUGUGAUCAAUUUGUCUAGUCAAUAAAAGGAGACUUCUAUGGCAUGCACAUCCAGAUUUUUGGUGAAGCGUAUCAAAGGCAGCAUGUGAUCUUUCAUCUGGGUGAGGUUCUCAUAUAAACCGAGCUUUGAUCCCAGUAGGAGACUGCUUGUGUGACCCUAUCAGAGUGGUGUAUGAAGGGAAAGGAUUUAAAGCAACACGACUAAAGAUUUAUGGAAGCUUUUUUCCCUGUAGAAGACUGCCUGUUUGAACUUCAACUCUAUCGAAUUGAUCAUAAUUGGUUUUUGCCUUAUUCAUGCUUCAAUGAAUUUGGCAUUCAGCAUCACAAGUUACAAGCCUUUCUCAGUUCUAGUGCUCACCCUUUGAAUCUUCAAUAGGGGCAUUUAGUCUUCUGAUUAGAGUAGAAAAUUGAACAGACACAAGGGUAUUUGUUGAAAAGUAUCCAAGGAAUCGAAUGCUUGGAUGGCGUGAAUUUAAUGAUGGAAAGGGCUCUCAAAUAGGGAUUUAUGGGUCAAAUUGCCCUCAAUGGAUUGUGGCAAUGGAGGCUUGCAGUGCCCACAGUUUAAUUUGUGUGCCUCUCUAUGAUACCCUUAGACCAGGUGCUGUAAACUUCAUAAUAGGUCAUGCUGAGAUUGAUUUUGUUUUCGUCCAAGAUAAGAAAGUAAAAGGAAUAUUGAAUCCAGAGUGUACACACGCUAAAUGGCUAAAAUUGAUUAUUUGCUUCACUUCAUUGGCAGAAGAAGUUAAAAAAAAAGUUGCCUCCAUUGAAAUAAAAUCGUACUCAUGGAAUGAGUUCCAACACAUGGGAAAAGAGCACCCAUCAGAGCUUCUGCCACCUCAGCCAUUCAACAUAUGUACAAUUAUGUACACCAGUGGCACCAGUGGAGAUCCAAAAGGUGUUAUUUUAACACAUGAAAACAUUGCACUGAACAUAAGAGGGGUUGAUCUCUUUCUGGGACAAUUUGAAGACAAGAUGACGGCGGAUGAUGUUUAUAUAUCUUUCCUGCCUCUUGCUCAUGUCCUUGACCGCAUGAUUGAAGAAUAUUUUUUCCGUAAGGGUGCUUCUGUUGGCUACUAUCAUGGGGAUAUAAAUGAACUAAGGGAUGAUUUGAUGGAGUUAAGGCCGACUUUUCUUGCUGGUGUACCUCGAGUUUUUGAAAGAAUACAUGAAGGUGUCAUAAAAGCACUAGAGGAACUCAAUCCAGUGAGGAGGAGAGCUUUUGACAUCCUUUAUCAAUACAAACUUGCCUGGAUGAAUUUAGGAUUCAAACACAAAAACGCGUCAUGGUUGGCUGAUCUGCUAGCUUUUAGGAAGGUAAAAGCUAGAUUAGGUGGACGGAUUCGUCUGAUAGUGUCUGGAGCUGCACCCUUAAGCAGUGAGGUGGAAGAGUUCUUGCGUGUUACUUCCUGUGCUUAUGUGGUACAAGGCUAUGGGUUGACAGAGACUUGUGGUUUAGCCACGAUUGGCUUUCCGGAUGAAAUGUGCAUGAUUGGAACUAUUGGUUCACCGUUUGUGUAUAGUGAGUUGCGUCUGGAGGAAGUUCCAGAGAUGGGUUACAAUCCGCUUGGAGACCCUUCGUGUGGCGAGAUAUGUGUGAGGGGGAAAACUACUUUCACUGGGUACAACAAGAAUCCAGAGUUGACAGCAGAGGCAUUUAAAGAUGGGUGGUUUUAUACAGAUGACAUGGGGGAAAUGCUCACAAAUGGGGUUGUUAAAAUCACUGAUAGGAAGAAAAAUCUAAUUAAGCUGUCCCAAGGAGAGCAUGUUGCGGUUGAAUGUUUGGAGAAAUUUUAUGGUAUCACCCCUAUUGUUGAAGAUAUUUGGGUGUAUGGGGACAGCUUCAGGUCAAUGCUAGUUGCAGUAGUUGUACCACAUGAAGAGAACACAAUAAGGCGGGCUUAUCAAAACGGCCAUAGAGGUUCCCUCUCGGAGCUAUGCUUCCUUAAGCAGCUACAAGAUAAUGUUCUCCUUCAGCUAAAGUCUAAAGCAGAGAGAACCAAGCUGAGAGGAUUUGAAUAUAUCAAAGGCAUCAUUCUGGAACCUCUACCUUUCGAUGCUGAAAGGGAUUUGGUGACUGCAACACUAAAGAAGAAAAGAGAAAAACUGCACAAGUAUUACAAGGUCAAAAUUGAUGAACUCUACCAAAAAUUGUCAGCAGGGAGACGCUAGCUAUUUUUUUAUUUAUAUAUGCAUUAAUUGGUAGCCAAUCCCAUUUGAUGGGACUUAAGGCUUAGUUUGGUUUGGUUUAUGCAUCAGUUGGUCUAUGCUUAUAUAAUGUAUUAGCUAAUAUGAUAUUUUACAUUCAAGACGAUGCUACAAGCAGUAUUGUAAAAUCAUACCAGUAACAAGUAAUUAAUUAAUUAUUAUUAUUAUUUAUAUAACGCAAAAA